AGUUCCCCGCGCUAAAGACGGAGGGUCCCCCACCACUUUAUUCUGCCUAUGACUCGACUAACUUACUGGUUUCUCCCCCUCCGCCUGUCGCAUUGACACCAGUGCUAGACGGGGGUUUCUCUGAAUCAAUAAUAGGGUCUCGAAUUUCGGUAGCUUCAGCAUCCUCCCGACGGUCACCCGCUGCGAGCUAGCUUCCCCCUCAGCUCGUAACCUCUCUCUUACUCUUCCACAUCAUCCGUCCAUUGAUCUCUGCCCAACCAUCAGCUAGCAUCAUGGCCGAUCAACGCGUAAACGUCCAUAUCCCACCCCGUCCGCCGGUGCUCGACAGCGUGCGGCUCCAGAACAUCCAGUUGACGCUCCCUGCGGCCCCGGACCCAUGGCACCGACCCAGCAAGCCGCAGCCCUGCUCCGCAUCGCUGAACCUAUCCUAUUCCUCCGCCGUCGCCGCCGCCAUCGCCGACGAUGUCUCUCUAUCACUGGACUACGGGAAGCUCUACCGCCGCCUGGAGGAGGAUAUCCGCAACAUCGGCAAGUCGGGCGAUGCAUCGGCGCAGCAGCUGGUCAGCCUCGACGGCAGCCGCCGGGAUGAGAUGCUGGGGGCUGCGCUCGGGGAGGACGUACGGCUGACGGCGGGGAUCGUCGCGAACUGCGGGCUGGGCCUCCUCGACGAGACCGCCGCCGGCGUCCGGCGGAUGUCCCAUGUGCACCAGCACCACGACACCCGGCGCCGGAGCAGUGCGUCGGCGGGCUCCCAGGCGCAGGCCCAGGCGGCCAUCUUCGGCAACCCGUCGGCGGCGGCCGUCCCGCCGCCCAUCGACGCGGUGUUCGGACAGUGCGAGGUCUCGUUGCAGCUGCCCAAGGCGCUGCUCCGCGCGGAGGAGGGACUCAAAUACCGGAGCGUGACCGUCUGGGGGUACCGGCAGCGGAACGGGGCGGCUGCGGUGGACAACCUGGCGGAGGCCGAGCGGUGCCCGGUAGUGCUGGAGGAGGAGUUCCGGAUCGAUGGGAUUCGGUGCUAUUGUAUUCUGGGGGUCAACUCCCACGAGCGAGUCGAGAAGCAGGCGGUCAUCGUCUCGUUGGAAUUCAAGGGCCCCGGUCAGCUGCCCUGGGGGUCCACGGUGAUCAAUACCUACCAGGCCAUGACGCGGGCGGUGGCAGAGCGGGUCGAAGCUACGAGUUUCCAGACGGUCGAGGCGCUGGCCACUUUCGUGGCGCGCAUUGUGACGAUGGAGUUUGGGAAUGAGCGAGUGACGGUGUUGGUUCAGAAGCCCAGCGCGUUGUCGUUUGUAGAACGAUCUGGGGUCCAGAUUACUCGGUCGCAAUCAUUUUUUGAGUAGGAAGGAUGUAUUGUACCUCCUGUUAAAAUUUCAUUGGAU